UGAUUCAUUGCGGGAAUAAUUCUUCCCCUGUCGUUUACCUCUCAGGAAAGCACACUAGAAACUGUGCAACUUCCAUAAAUUACAGAAGGUAGCAGUGUUUAAGUUUAGGCUACAUAAGGUUAGCUAGGGCUAGUUAUUGCCGAGAUGAGCGUUUGAAUCUACACCCUGUAAGGAAUAGGUGCCUGACAAUCAGUCCUCAGGAGCUGGAGUCAGCUAACGGUUGCUACCGAGCAUCACCCGCGUCGACUACCCGACAGCGGUGCAGUGAAGUCGGCGUUAAAGAGUUGCUCUGAAGCCGAGGCAGCCGAGAAGUGACGGACAACACCCUGCCAGGAUGAGUGGUGAUGAACUGAACCCAGCUGCAGUGGCUCAGCCAGUGGAGGAUGUACAAGGAGAUGGACGGUGGAUGUCACAGCACACAAGGUUCGUGCAGGAGUGUAAGGAUGGUGAACCAGAUGUUCUUUUUGUGGGGGACUCUAUGGUACAACUAAUGCAGCAGUAUGAGGUCUGGAGGGAGUUGUUCUCUCCUCUUCAUGCACUCAACUUUGGCAUUGGAGGGGACACCACCUGUAAUGUGCUUUGGCGGCUGCAGAAUGGAGAGCUGGAGAACAUCCGCCCCAAGGUGGUGGUGUUGUGGGUAGGAACCAACAAUUAUGAACACACAGCAGAGCAAGUUGCGGGAGGAAUUCUUGCCAUUGCAGAACUGCUCACCUCCCGCCUCCCUAAGGCAAAGGUAGUCGUCCUGGGUCUGUUGCCUCGAGGUGAACGGCCCAACCCCCUGAGGGAGAAGAAUGCUGCCGUUAACGGGUACCUGCGCUCCUGGCUGCCACGACUGGGCCAGGCUCAGUUUCUGGAUGUGAGCGGGGAGUUCGUCCACUCGGAUGGAACCAUCAUCCCACAGGACAUGUUUGACUUCCUUCACCUGACGGCAACAGGUUACCGCAACGUAGCCAAGCCCCUCAGUGACCUGCUGCUUCAGAUACUGGAAGAGACGCCAGAGGAGAGACGGGCGUCGCUGGUUUGAGGGCCAUGGCCGAGCAGCACAUUUAUCCAGAGGCAUGUCUCACCCGCUGCUGUGGGAGAUGGGGGAGACGUGCCCCUGGUAUCUUAAGGAGGAGGAAGGGCUCACUCAUUGGGGGUGGGGGAGAGGUGCCCUGAUGUGAGUGGGCCCAUGAGGGUUAUGGGAUGACAUUCAUGAGCGGAGGGUUGGGUGUGGAGAGGUGCUGAAGAGGGAGAGAGACCUCACUACAGACAUAGACACUGUGAUUGCAGUAGUAGGCUUUAUUGCAAAAGGAUUUACCAAGGUCAGACUACUCUGAAUCACAGACAGAUAAACUGAGAUCAUGUGGGACUGCGGUGGCGCACACACACAGAUUAAUCUUGACCUGUGGAUAAAAUGAGCGUUUCCCUCCAUCACCUUUGCCACAGAGACAUGAAACAAAACAGAAAAACACAAUCUAAUUGGUUCCUUCAUGUUUUGUUUAAUGUCUGCAAAACUGUUAACUGUGCGGCCUCUCUGUUAACACAUGAGAAGUCCAGCGCACAACAUACAGUAAGCAGAACGUUAUCCCAACAUUGUACAAUGUUAUGAGUCUGACCGCUAUAUGACAGAGCAGUGGUUCCUAACCUGGUGCUCUGCCCCCGUCCCCCAAGCUGUGCCAGGAAAAAUCAGAGGGGUCACAAGAAGGAAAGAAGGAUAAAAAAAGAAAGAAAACACAAAACAGAACAAUGAUUAUUUUUUAUGAAAUGUCACUAUUUAGUGCUUUUUUCUUUAAAUCACAAAACACUGGAUGCUUUCACCUCUUCAUUCUUUUAAAAAUCCGAAUGAAACAAUUGGAGAAAUAAAAAUUUCUCGCUGGUGUGACAUUGCGUCCUUUUUAAAGGGUCCCCAAGUCAAAAAGGUUGGGAACCACUGCCACAGAGGGGGCCACUGCCAAGAUACACAAUGAGCAGUUUUUAAAAAUGACUCAUAGAUGAUUUGGCUCACAGCGUAAUCCUGCAACACAAACAUACAAAAUAAUGUACACAAAUUGACUCCGAUAGUUUUGUCAGUCCAGUUCACAUAUUUCACAUUCUCGGCCAGUUGAGGAGCACUUAGUCUACUAAACGUUCACUUUUGUGUAACUAUUUAGAUGUCUUUACAAAUUGUUAAUCAAUAUAAAAAUAGAUCAGUGGAUAUCUGGAGAGACCACACAUACAGUAGAUCAGUACUUCAUUUUGUGUCACCUGAAAUGUUCGGCUCAAACCUGACGUUGAUCUUCACUGCAUGCACAUUUUGAAGUGAGCCUCAGCUCUGCCGUAGAAAGUCGGCCGACGCUUCUGUAUCACAUUAAGUGUACCUUAAUUAUUUACGUACAUUAAAUGAGCGAAUGUCAGUCAAAAUCAUGCAUUUAUACGUAUCCAUUAGUGAUGUUACGCUAUUGAAUCUACGUGACCGAUAAUCUACACAGGUCUUCCAAAUAACCCCAUCCCUGCUGCUCUCAUGCAAAACUUCUGUCACAUCCAGAAAGUCUAUUUACAUUUUAAUUGUAGAGUUACAUUUCACAGUUUAGGUCCGAAAAACAUUUACUGUGACAUUUCAUUUUAAAUGUCUAAAAAAGGUUUUUUUAUUAUUACACUACACAGCUUCUUAAACUGUGCUCCUAACCACUUCGUCCCUGUGUCCUGGGGACUUUUUUUGCGUAGAAAAAAUAUCCUAAUUUCAGGUCACAAUCUUCUAGCAUCCCUCAGUGCACAAUGAAGUAAGACAUUUGGAGAUAAACAGGUGGCUGUCACAUUAGCUUCACUCCUCCUGCCUUCAUCUUAGGUUGCUAAUCAUAGUGUUUAAUGAGUGCCGAUUCAUGUGGGACAUGCGUCUGUAUCUCACUCUAACAUGUCCAGAUAUUCACAGUCAGACCCUCAGACUUUGACUAGCACAGGCUCUCUCUCCCUCUCCCUCCUUAAUACAUGAAUAUACAGUAUUUUCUCGUAGAAGCACCUCUUCAUUCUGUUACUCACCACCUCUUUAUUUCUGUCCCUGUUGUAUUCGUAGUUGACUCCAGCCCUGCCACCCUGAGACCUGACAUCAUCUCUACAUGGUAUAGUUGUUGACUUUUUUUUGUUUUUUUUUAAAGGAGUAAGAAGCUACUGAACACAGCUGUACUGAAUCCUGUCACGCUAAAUGCUAAAAAGCAAUCACAGAUCACAGGUCAUAUAAAAUAUAAAAGCAUUCGUCUGUGAGCUUAUACUGUAGCUGUUUCUCCGUGGCUUCAGUUCCGUUCAGAUUGUGGCUGAGAGUCUCUUGUCGAGCAUCAAAUUAUACUGCUGUCUUAAGCUCUGCACAUUCGCGUGCUGUGUUAAAUGUAAAUGGUGUAUGUGUGUGCCUUAAGUGUUCAUGGGGACGGUUGUGCGCGGUAUGUCUGGUACUGGAUUGUGUAAGUUGGACGUGUGAGUGUUUGGAAGUGACCGCAGUUGUAUAUAAGACAUGUGAAGCUUGAGGAAAAUGAAAUUUGAAGAGCGUUCAGGUUGUGGGAGUCUGUGUUUGGUGCAAUACAGUAUUUGCACUGUUUUGACUCGCUGUCACGUUAUUGCGUUAAAGCAUUCCAAUAAAAAAACAAACAAACAAGGAGCUCAACAUGUGUGAGAGUGGUGUUUUUUUUAUUUUUUGG